AUGGAAAACUCAAAAAAUUUAUCGUCGGCAAACCAGCAACAGAAACGAAAAAGUAACUUUUCAAUAGAAAAUAUUCUAGCAAAGAGUCCUGACACUUAUCAGGCACGUGACAUUAAACAAAAGUUAUUGAGACAAAAUCCUUUUCAAAAUAAUCAUGUGCUAUUUGAUAAAAAUAAAAAUUUGAAUGUGCCUUAUAAAAAAUAUCAAGAGGACUCGGACAAUGAGAUAAAAAUUGAAAGUGAAACGAGUUCUUGUCACAGUGAAAAUACAGAAAGUUGUCAUGCUGAUAGUGAAAAUCAGGAAAUGGAUGAAAAUUCAGAUGAUGCAGGUAGUCAAAGCGAUGAUAGGAAGAAGAGACCAAGAACUGCAUUUUCAGCAUCACAAAUUAAAUCACUUGAAUGUGAAUUUGAGAAAGGAAAAUACUUGUCGGUAGCAAAAAGAACGAGUCUCGCAAAAUCACUCAGUCUUACAGAGACGCAAGUAGGCAUUAAAUAUAAAUUUCCUAUUUUCUUAUUACUGACUUACUUAUAUCCAACAAAAAAGGUAAAGAUCUGGUUUCAAAAUCGCCGUACGAAAUUUAAACGAAAGUACACAUCGGAUGUUGAGCAAUUAGCAUCUCAUUACUACUCAUCGCUAGGAAUUGGCGGUAUAGCAAGGCCAAUGGUUGUGGGCGAUAGAUUAUGGUUAUUUAGUCAACCUGUCAAUGGAAUGCCAACACCCAUUCAAUCAUUACUUCUCAGCAAUAUGCCACCGUCUACUCAACAUCCACAACCUUAUUCAACGAUGGUGCCACAUUCAUCAAGAGGAUAUAGUGAUGGACGGUCUACAAUAAUUUCACCACAGCCUAGACUAAGCAGUGAAUAUCCACCACAUCCACAAUUUAUGAAUAAGAAUUAUAGACAUGACUUUUAUGCUAAAUAUACAGCAAUUGGUCCAUCAACAUCAGCUGAUUAUCGUCUAUUAAAGUCAGAAGAAGUAUCUCACCUAAAGUCCAAUGGUCUUGCAGAUCUUGAGAGUCGAUUCGGUAACAACUCAGCAAUAUUCAAUGAAAGUGGCGGGAAAUCCAAUGAGACUUUGAUAAGUGACAACAAAAGUACAAGCAGCGACGAUAUUGACUGUGAAGAGAUAGAAAUUAAUGAUAAUUGA